CAGUCGAAAAAAUUUUGUUGUGUAAACUACAGAGAAUUUGUACUAACACCUGUUUUUAAAACAAAGUGAUGCCAAUCUAUCGUUACAGUGCACAGUGCACAGUACGUUUGAAAAUUAACAGUAGGACAGUAGAACAAAUUUGUUUUUCCUGCGGAUAGUAUUUUACUUCGAUUACAUUUUUGCAAAGUUUUGUUUUGAUUGAGAAGAAAAUGACUCGCAGACAAUGGCGUGCCGAAAGCAUCCUUCCGAUCUAUAAAUUAGUUGCUUUCUUAGCAUAUAUUUAUUUUUUCGUUUAAUUUAACACAUUAAAUUAACAGUUAAGUGUUUUUCAGAUUACGUUAUUAAGGUUAAUUUCCUUUUCCGCCUUUAUUAACAAGUUGAAAGCCCUUUAGCCCUUCCAAGGGCGCGCGCAUAGAAACUUUCAAGUCAACUAAUAGCUGGCGUCACAAAUUUGGUGUAAUUAAUGCAUUAUUAUCUUUUCCAAGUUUUAUAUUUGUGUAUACAAAUUUUCCACAGAAUACGUGGUAGCUUGGGUUAAGCGCCAAAAUCCAAAUAACUUGUUAAAGAUAUUGAUAUUAAAUAUAAUUAAUUGUAAGGAAGUUUUUUGCCUUUCUUGAGUUUCAAUUUUGGAUUCUUCACAUAACAGGCUGGUCCAAUGCUUGUUGCGCAAAGCUGUACGCUGUAAGUGAUCGUAAUCGGCUUAUGAAUGUCUGUCCUUCUGCUUGUUUUUAAUGGUUUGCUUAGGAAAAGAAUUUUCCCAAUUCAAAAUCUCCUCUUUACACACGAAUUCUUUAAUAAAGUGAUCGUCCGACCGCAAAUUGAACAUUGAGUUCUAAUCAGCUGUUAUUGUGAUUGGCGCGAGAGCUGUUAUUUUGUUUAAUGGUUUGCAGAAUUUGACAGAGAUGUGCCAAAUAAAGAGGAUAUUGAUUUUUCAACCAAAAACACAACAUAAAGAAAUGAAGACAAAUUAAAAUCAAAGUUGAAUCAUACUUCUCACAAACAUUCAAAGAACUGAAGAAAAAAAAAAAACAAAAAUUCUUAAUACGUUAAUUAUUUUUUUAAAUUAAAACUAACUGUUUAUAAAUUCUUAGGGAGAAAGCUUAAGUAAAUAGAACAGUAACAAUAAGGCGGCGUAUUGAUAAGUAAAGAUUAUUAAAUUCCAAUAACUUUCCUUAAAUCGAAAGGGACUCUGGAAUAUAUCUAUCUAUCAGACUUUACAGUGAUAAGAAUAUCAAAUAAAUCUCAUGGCUUUAGACUUUGUCACUACCUAUAAAGUGCUGGUAUUGGGGGACUCAAAUGUUGGCAAAACUUGCAUCGUUCAUAGAUAUUGCGAUGAAAAAUAUUACGAUACAUACAUUUCCACAAUUGGUAUCGAUUUCAAGCAAAAGCUUAUAAAUUUGGAUGGCGUCCCGAUAAAAUUACAAAUCUGGGAUACAGCUGGACAAGAGCGUUUUCGUACUUUAACCACCGCUUAUUAUCGUGGAGCUAUGGGGAUACUGCUGAUGUAUGAUGUAACCAAUUUGGAAAGUUACAAUAAUCUGUCAUAUUGGCUCAGAAAUAUACAAGAGAAUGCUUCACCCGAUGUGGUCAAAGUGUUGGCGGGUAAUAAAUGUGAAUGCUCGGCUACACAACGAAUGGUAGAUAAAGAAAGAGGAGAAAAGAUUGCGGAAAAUUUCGAAAUGCCAUUCUUUGAGGUCUCUUGCAAAAAUAAUAUUAACAUAGAAGAUGCUUUUCUAACUUUGGCUCGUAAAAUCCGCGAACAAAGAGAACGUCGGGGUGAAAAUUUCGAUAACGAUGACAAACCGCAUGAUAAAAAAUCACCGGGCUCAAAUGGUUUAGGAACAUUUAGUCUGGCUGGUUUGUCGGACGCUAAUCGUUGUGCUUGUUAAAUCUACCAUCCGUACCAAGUAGUACACCUCCACGCAGAACAGAUACACAUCAAUUCACAAACUUAAUAUCUAUAUAAAUAAAAGAAACCUAAAAGUGAAUAUAAAAUUUGAAAUGAAUUUUCAAACCCUGCAAAUGCAACAAUAAAAUUCAAUAUUUGUCCAUAAUUAUGUUAGCAAAAUUUUACCCGACAAGGAAAAAGGAAAUAUUAAUUAAUUUAAAGAGUAUAUAUAUAUAUAUAUAUAUAACAAAUAUAUUUUAGCGAAAAUCUUAACAAAAAGAAAGAAAACUAAAGGAAUUUUAAGUUAUAUACGGAUAACAGCGUUUUCAGAAAGUAUAUAAAAAAAAAAAAAAAAUCCAAUUUUUUUUUAUUUCUUUUUUAUUUACUAUUAUUUGGAAUCGAAAAUUCAAAAACUUGUGUUAAUUAUUAAAUGCAAUUAUAUAAUAUUUACGUAAUAAUAAAAGACAUAGAUUUUAAGCAUUUUACAUGAAUUAGAAUUAUAAAGCAUCUAGUUUUUGGUUUUUUAUAACCUGACGAUCAGAUCAGAUCUUUUGCACAGCACCGCUUUAACAAACAUUUAUAUAAUUAAAUGAGAAAAUAACAAUAUAUAUAUAUAUAUAUAUAUAUAUAUAACUAUGUAAUUAUUGAUCCAAAUCUUGAAUUAAGCUAAACCUAAUAAUACCUAAUAUGCGCGUUUUAAGGGACACUUCCAUUUAAGCAAACCUUUUCAAAAUUGUAAAAAUAAUAAUAAAUUCGCGGAAAAAAUCGUGUUACACAUGGCCAUGCUAUUUUUUAUAUAAUGAUAAAAUUAUUUUAUUGAAUUAAUUUAAUUUAAUUUAAUCAUCAUCA